CCUGAGGUUCUCGAACAAAUACAAAAUCUAAAGGAAUUGUGGAUGGACAAUAAUUCUUUGCAAAUACUACCUGGGUCUAUAGGGAAGUUAAAACAGCUCGUGUACCUGGAUGUGUCGAAAAACAGGAUAGAAACUGUUGAUUUGGACAUAUCAGGAUGUGAAGGACUUGAAGAUCUCCUGUUGUCAUCCAAUAUGUUGCAGCAACUGCCAGAUUCCAUAGGACUGUUGAAAAGGCUUACAACUUUAAAAGUAGAUGACAAUCAACUUACAAUUCUGCCAAAUGCAAUUGGAAAUUUAUCUUUAUUAGAAGAAUUUGACUGCAGCUGUAAUGAGUUGGAGUCCUUACCUUCUACCAUCGGCUACCUUCAUAACCUGAGGACAUUGGCUGUGGAUGAGAAUUUCCUUCCUGAACUGCCCAGAGAAAUUGGGAGCUGUAAAAACGUAACAGUAAUGUCUCUGCGUUCUAACAAGCUAGAAUUUCUUCCUGAUGAAAUUGGUCAGAUGCAGAAGCUGAGAGUGUUAAAUCUGAGCGAUAACAGACUGAAGAAUUUACCAUUCACUUUUACUAAACUUAAAGAACUUGCAGCUUUGUGGCUUUCUGACAACCAGUCCAAGGCUCUCAUUCCACUGCAAACUGAGGCUCACCCAGAAACAAAGCAGAGAGUACUGACUAACUACAUGUUUCCCCAGCAACCCCGCAGUGAUGAAGAUUUCCCGUCAGACAGUGAUAGUUUUAAUCCUACUUUAUGGGAGGAGCAGAGACAGCAACGUAUGACUGUUGCCUUUGAAUUUGAAGAAAAAAAGGAAGAGGAGGAAAAUGCAGGGAAAGUUAAGGUUGAAAUAAAUCUAAAACGUUAUCCCACUCCAUACCCGGAGGAUUUAAAGAAUAUGGUAAAAUCAGUUCAAAAUCUGGUGGGCAAAACAAGCCAUGGAGUACGGCCUGAGAACUCAACACCAACUGCGAACAGUGAACAAACUGUGAAAGAAAAGUAUGAGCACAAGUGGCCCAUGGCACCAAAGGAGAUUUCAGUGGAGGUUCAAGAUAGAGAAAAUAAAGAAUUCCAAAAGAGUCACCUGUCUGAUACAGACAACACUCAUAAAUCGACUCUGGAAAUCCCAGAAAGGAAGGAGAAAGAAGAGCAUACAAAAAGCUCAGAGCAAGAUGCCUUUGGACAUCCUGCCAGUGAGAUGAGGAUAGGGGAACUUCGUCCUUCCAUGCCAGAGACUCCGUUGUACCCACCCAAACUUGUUCUUCUGGGUAAAGAGAAGAAAGAAUCGACAGAUGAGUCUGAAGCAGAUAAGAUCCAUUGUCUGAAUAACAGCGUUUCCUCAGGCACUUACUCAGACUAUUCCCCUUCCCAGGCUUCCUCAGGGUCCUCCAAUGCGCAUGUUAAAAUGGGGUCCUUGCAGACAACGGCUAAAGAAGCAGUGAAUAACUCUUUGUGGGGGAACAGGCUGGCACAGUCAUUUCCACAGCCCCUUGAAACAAAGCCAUUGCUGAGCCAGCGAGAAUCUGCUGCAGCGGGGAACCUGCCCCAGCGCGCCGACAGGCGCCCACUGAGCGACACCUUCGCCGACAGCUGGAACGACAGCUCGCACUACGAUAACACAGGGUUCGUUGCGGAGGAGAGCGCGGUGGAGAAUCCUAGCGCUAACCCCCUCCUGAGCACGAAAUCCAGAAGCACAUCUGCGCACGGGCGCAGGCCAUUGAUUAGGCAAGACAGGAUAGUUGGCAUUCCCCUGGAGCUGGAGCAGCCGACGCUCAGAAACACACACGAAUCUGAAGUGCCUCCUCCCAAUCCUUGGCAAAAUUGGACCAGAACCCCUAGUCCUUUUGAAGACAGGACAGCUUUUCCUUCCAAACUGGAAAGCACCCCCACCACCAGCCCUUUGCCUGAGCGGAAAAAUCAUGUCAAAGAGUCUCCUGAAAUGACUAGCACUUUCACUCCAGGAAUAGCGUGGGAAUAUCACGAUUCAAAUGCUAACAGAAGUCUCACAAACGUCUUUUCCCAUAUCCACUGUCGCCCAGAUCCUUCCAAAAGCGUUAUUUCAAUCAGCAAGAGUACAGAACGGCUUUCUCCGAUGAUGAGGGAUUUAAAAACUAACAAAUUUAAGAAGUCACAAAGUAUCGAUGAGAUAGACAUUGGUACAUACAAAGUGUAUAAUAUACCCUUAGAAAACUAUGCAUCUGGUAAUGAUACUGUAGGAACCCAGGAGAGGGUGGACAAGCUCCUGGGCCCGGAGCACGGCAUGCUGAGCAUGUCCCGCAGCCAGUCGGUCCCCAUGCUGGACGACGAGCUGCUGACCUACGGCAGCGUCAAGGUGCAGCCGCAGCAGAAGUCAUCCGUCACGAAGAAAGUCUACCAGUUCGACCAAAGCUUCAACCCGCAGGGAGCAGUGGAGGUCACCGCAGAGAAAAGGCUACCGCCGCCUUUCCAGCUCAACCCCGAGUACAUUCCCCAGCAGAGUAAAAACCUGCCCCAGGAUCUGGUCAGCCCGAGGGCCUACCGCGGCUACCCCCCCGUGGAGCACAUGUUCUCCUUCUCCCAGCCUUCCGUGAACGAGGAGGCGGUCAGUGCCCCCUUUGCGAGCCAGGGGUCUCGGCCGGGGUUCUUGAGGAGGGCGGAUUCGUUGGCCAGCUCCACCGAGAUGUCCAUGUUCAGGAGAGUCAGUGAGCCCCAUGAGCUGCCCCCGAGCGAUAGGUAUGGCCGGCCUCCGUACCGAGGAGCUGUGGAGCGCCAAGGCAGUAUCUCGGUCUCUGAGUCUCAGUUCCUCAAGAGGAACGGCAGGUACGAAGACGAGCAUCCUUCCUACCAAGAAGUGAAAGCCCAGACUGGAAGCUUUCCAGUUAAAAACCUUACACAAAGGAGGCCGUUGUCUGCAAGAAGCUACAGUACAGAGAGUUACGGCACAUCCCAAACCAGGCCGGUUUCAGCGAGGCCUACAAUGGCAGCUCUGCUGGAAAAGAUACCGUCAGACUAUAACUUGGGUAACUAUGGCGACAAGCCUUCCGAUAACAGUGAUAUAAAGACAAGGCCUACCCCUGUGAAGGGAAAUGAGAGCUGUGCUAAAAUGCCCGCUGACUGGAGACAACAGCUACUUAGACAUAUAGAAGCUAGAAGGUUAGACAGGACCCCGUCGCAGCAGAGCAGCAUUCUGGACAACGGGCAGGAGGAAGUGUCUGUGAGCAGCCAGUGGAACCCCUACCAGCUGGGGCGGCGGGACGUGCCACCAGACACCGUCACGAAGAAGGCAGGUAGCCAUAUCCAGACUUUAAUGGGAUCACAAAGCCUACAGCAUCGGAGCCGCGAGCAGCAGUAUGAAGGAAACAUGAACAAAGUCACCAUUCAGCAGUUUCAGCCACCACUGCCUAUUCAGAUUCCCUCUUCGCAGAGCUCUCGAGCACCUCAGACAGGGCGAUGUUUAAUCCAAACCAAGGGUCAGAGAAGUACGGAUGCAUAUCAGGAGCAGUUUUGUGUGAGAAUAGAGAAGAAUCCUGGCCUUGGUUUUAGUAUCAGUGGUGGAAUAAGUGGACAAGGAAAUCCAUUCAAACCUUCUGAUAAGGGUAUCUUUGUUACUAGGGUUCAGCCUGACGGACCAGCAUCCAGCCUGCUCCAGCCUGGCGAUAAGAUCCUCCAGGCAAAUGGACACAGUUUUGUACAUAUGGAACAUGAGAAAGCUGUAUUACUACUGAAGAGUUUCCAGAAUACAGUAGACCUAGUUAUUCAACGUGAGCUUACUGUCUAA